AUGUCGGCGGUCCCAGAGACAAUGAAGGGACAGAAGGCACCCCAGGUGCGGAGGCACUGGUGGGGGAAAGCUUCCGUCGACCAAGGACAGGACCCCUCGCCCCCCUCUCCGGGCCUCUCAUUAUUUUCACCAACAAGGGGGGGCAAAUACGUGGCCGUCAUCAAUAGCGUCAGUGGCAAGUUCUCUAAGGACGGCUGCGAGCAAGAAGUUUUUUACGUAGUCAAGAUGAAGCAACUCCAGAACAAAACUAUGAAGAAUGAUUUCGAUGACAUGGUGUUUCAGAAAAAAGGCAAAUUUUUUACCGACUUAAUGCCACACAACCCCGAACUGACAGCUAUUGGGCAGGACCCACUGAGAGUUCCCCGCUGUCUACACGACGACUGGGAUGAAAAAAAAGAUCAAUUAUUUCUUGAAGAUCUACGGCAUCGUGGAUUUAAGUUACACGACCGCAAGCAAGCUCUUAGUGUGCCCCACGCUGCUCUUGUGCUCCGAGAGCUGGCUAGACUCCACGCUGUCUCGUUCUUGGUGCUCUCUAAAAUUUCUAAAGAGCAGCUGGCUUCCAAAUUCAAGUUCCUUACUUGGGCAAUGUACAAUUACUCGGAACAAACCAAAAAGGCUUUUCAUAUGUUGAUAUCAGGCAGCCUACAGACAGCUUCAGAGCUAGCGGAGGCGGCGGGCAGGGAAGACAUGAGUGAGUGGUUCAGGACCUUGGCAUCCCAGGGCACAGAAGUAUUGAUAAACCAAACAGGCGAAGCCUCUGUCUUUGACGUGAUCAGCCAUGGUGAUUGCUGGAUCAACAAUUUACUCUUUAGAGAUGACAACAAGGGUGAUCCAAUAGAAGUAAUGCUGCUGGACUUCCAGUUGUGUCGCAAGACAUCACUCGCCUUUGACCUCAACUACUUCUUAUUCAGCAGCCUCGUCGCCUCCGACAGGAACGACAAACUAGAGCACCUUCUGGCUACCUAUCACACCUCCUUCAAGGAUGUGAUGGAGGCGGCGGAGGCGGCCAUGCCCUUCACACUGGCCGAGCUCACCAAAGAGUUCUACAGAAGGAAUAUAGUGGGUCUUAUUUACGGUGCCCUGGCCAUCCCAGCUCUGGUGUGUGAGGCGCAGGAUGCACAGGAGUUUGAUGUAUCUUCAGACAAAAACACACAUAAGUAUGUCGUGAAGAAACGACAAAAUGCUCUCAACAUGCUAAAAACAAAUUCACUGAUGCCGUAUAGACUAGCUAGUUUGUAUGAAGACGUUAGGCUUUACACUAGUAGGCUUACCACAUAAACUACGAAGACUUUAUACUUGUUGGCCUGCCAUGUAAACUAUGAAGAUGUAUUUUACCACCUAAACUACGACAUCGUGAAGCUUAUCACUAAUAAGGUUACCGCAUACACUAGCAGGACUUGAAGCCACUGAUAAACCCUAUCACGCACGCUAGCAGGUAAUGAGGCUUUAUACUGAUAAACCGAUCACGCACCCUAACAGGUCAUGAGGUUUUAUACUGAUAAAAUCAUCACGCACCCUAACAGGUCGUGAGGCCUUAUACUGAUAAAAUCAUCACGCACCCUAACAGGUCGUGAGGCCUUAUACUGAUAAAAUCAUCACGCACCCUAACAGGUCGUGAGGCCUUAUACUGAUAAAAUCAUCACGCACCCUAACAGGUCGUGAGGCCUUAUACUGAUAAAAUCAACACGCACCCUAACAGGUCGUGAGGCCUUAUGCUGAUAAAAUCAUCAUGCACCCUAACAAGUCGUGAGGCCUUAUGCUG